AUGGAAAUUCAACAAAACACCACAAACCAAGAACUUUGGAAAAUGAAGCCUAGGAGAAGUCUAGAAGAUGAUGAUUAUUUGAAUAAGAACGCAAGAGAGAACAGCAUGCUGAAAAGAUCUGUGCUUUUGCCCUUGGACCAAACUACCCAUUUUGAUGACUUUGACUGUCCCCAAAAGCUUCAGCACAGACAGGCGCUCUUCCCAGAAUGGCGCUUGCCAGUUAAAGUUGCUGCUGUCCUAGCAUCUCUGGCUUUUCUCUACACUCUUCUGAGGGAAGUAAUUCACCCUCUUGUAACUUCCCAUCAGCAGUAUUUUUAUAAAAUUCCAAUCCUGGUCAUCAACAAAGUCUUGCCAAUGGUUUCCAUCACCCUCUUGGCCCUGGUGUAUUUGCCAGGUGUGAUAGCAGCAGCUGUCCAGCUUCAUAAUGGAACCAAGUACAAGAAAUUUCCACUUUGGUUGGAUAGGUGGAUGUUAACAAGAAAGCAGUUUGGGCUGCUCAGUUUCUUUUUUGCCAUCCUGCAUGCAAUUUAUAGUUUAUCCUAUCCAAUGAGGCGAUCCUACAGGUACAAGUUGCUGAACUGGGCAUAUCAACAGGUCCAACAAAAGAAAGAAGAUGCCUGGAUUGAGCAUGAUGUUUGGAGAAUGGAAAUUUAUGUGUCUCUGGGAAUUGUGGCACUUGCAAUCAUGGCUCUGUUGGCUGUGACAUCUAUUCCAUCUGUGAGUGACGCUUUGACAUGGAGAGAAUUUCACUAUAUCCAGAGCAAGCUAGGAAUUGUUGCCCUUCUACUGGGCACAAUACAUGCAUUGAUUUUUGCCUGGAAUAAAUGGGUCGAUAUAAAACAAUUUGUGUGGUAUACACCUCCAAGUUUUAUGAUAGCUGUUUUCCUUCCAAUUGUUGUCCUGAUAUGUAAAGCUAUACUCUUCCUGCCAUGCUUGAGAAAGAAGAUACUGAAGAUUAGACAUGGUUGGGAAGAUGUCACCAAACUUAACAAGGUUGAGAUGUCUUCCCAGUUGUAG